AUGAGUUGUUGCGAGGACGGUAUAGUGUGUAGGUUCUCCUGAUGGUUCCCCCUUCAAAUAAAAUUAGAGCGUCACCACUGGGUCGGCUUUAGUCAGUCUCCGGCGCGAAUUGAAAGCAGACGCACCCAGAAGAGCCCAUAAAGAGUGGAAUUUAUUGAGUGACAAUUACUCUUGAAUGUGAGACAGAGUUCAAUUGAUCGGUAAAGUGCGUGAGAAUGAAGUCAGUGAUCAGUUUAAUUGUGCCAUGCUUCCUAGCUGUCCUUGCGGUGGCGGAUGAUGAGCUCACAGGAUCACCGCUCUACUGCCAAGAUCUCAAUCCGCAGAGUCAUUUGGAUAUUGAACAAAUCAUGGGCUUGUGGUACGGCAGUGAAAUCUACACACAUCACGACAAUGAGGAGCGCGAGCUGGUCUACAACUCCUGCGUGGUGAUCCACUUGGGUGAGGUGACCAAUGAAAUGAUCACCACGGAGAGGAGUCCUCGUCCUGGGGAGUAUGGCUACGGGAAUACAUAUCGUGGCAGAAAUAGUCGGCAGAAUUAUCGAUACCUCAAGCUAAUCUGGGAUGAAAGGGAGAAGACACUGGAGUACACAAUGCGUCUCAAUGCAUCACGACGUGGCUUUUGGAUUACAUCGGCACCACAGGGUGGUGGGCCAUUUGAACUGGAGCAUGGGACAUUCAGUGGCACGGUGCAGGUGAUGAAAGCCGUGGGAGAUCACCUCGUUCUCACCUUCUGCCAACACUUCCCCAGCGGGACACUCUUCUCCAUUGUUCUCUCGCGACAGCCCAACACCCUAACUUUCGAGGACAUUCAGAGUGUGAGGAAUCUCCUGAAGCGACGCGGACUACCCACGACGAAUGUACGAAAGGUGUGCCGGAAUGGUUCUAGGCGCCUCGAAGGCGCCUUCAGUGGCACCAUCCUCCUCCUCCUGGCCACCCUGCCAGCCCUCAGAAAAUUUCUGGUAAUUUAGAGGCAUCCCUCCUUCCCAUUGCCUGCCUGCAGUGUUUGCGCAACUCCACUGAUUCCAUCCAAUUUUGCAUCAAACCAUCUCACUCUGGCUGGAAUCCCCCACACCAUAAUUUAUAUAUAUAAUUUACAUGCUAUAUGUAACUCAUCAUCUGACCCUUUCAUACGUCUCUCCCCCGCCCCACACUCUUGAAGCCGGCUAAUAAAAUUCCAUAUAAUUGUAUUUAGUGAACAGAACAUGUGUAAGAUGAUCUUGAAAGAGAAAAUGAAAUAAAUGUCCAGUGGAUGAAAAAUAUUUGGGGAAAAAAAGAAGAUAUUUUACUCAUGCCCGUAAAACAUGAAUUUUUGUGAGUUCUCAAAUUGUCCAACAAGUAAUUGAUUAAUCGACCAUCAUUACCAAUUACAACAAUUAAACUCACUUUUCCGUCCGUCCAAGACGCAUCUCUCGCGCUCGCGGGAGCAAGUGGGUGUUGAAUCAGCAUCAGAGCUGCUACACACAACAUAGGAAGGAGGGUUCAAGAGGUCACCAUAGCGAGGCAAUACAAUACUGUUGUAAUAUGUAUAGUCUACAAAUUGAAUAGUAGCAUGAGUUCAUCAAAUUGUUCUCUAUUUCAUACAACCAUUAAUAUCAUUUCCAUCCACACACAGGGCAACAAAUCAUCGGAAUGUGUCCUUAAUCGUUAGAUUUUUUAGAAUCAAUUUCAAAACACUUAGAAUUUUCUCUAUAGCUAAGAAAGCGCAAAAAAGAUCUUUCUGUGCAGUCUGAAUCUUUGUUCUAAAAAUAACUUUUGAAUGAAAGCUUCAACUUGUGUUUUGUUUACUAAGAUAUUCCUUUAUUUCAUAUUUUUUUAAUACAAUAAUAUAUAAUUCAAUAGUCACCAAUAAUUAUUACAUAAAAAAGAAUAUCUCUAAAUGAAUAAAUUGAUAAAUAUAGACAAAUUAGAUUUAUUUCUCGUGAGAGUUCAUCCUAUGUGCAUAACCAAGGGAAAAAAGUAUAAAAUAAAAAUUGGAAAAA